UCUUUAUUUUCUUGUCUUGUAAAACUGACUUACUUAGAGAAAAACAUUUUAAAUUUUUUAGUUAGGUUUUGAGACCAGAUCAUCAUGACCAUGAUUUUAAAGGUUUCGUUGUUUUGCCUGUUAAAUAUGGCGAUGUUGGUGAAAGCGGAUCCAGACACGACUGUGACUCGGAAAGUUUUUUUCGACAUUGGCAUCGGAGGACAGCCCGCCGGUAGGAUUGUCCUGGGUUUAUUUGGCAACACGGUUCCCAAGACUGUCACAAACUUUGUAUCUUUAGCGGGAAACGAGGUGAGUUUAUUCCCUUCUGUCUCAUAAGUUACGUAGAAAAGGGAAUAUUCUUUCCUUGAAGUUCAUCAUGUUUGGAAAUUAAUCGUCACUUUGCAACGACAGACUUUUACGAAACUUUUGAAAUUAAAUAACAAUGAAUGAAAACAUUGAGACAUAUUCGCUAAUUCCAUGUAUGUAAAUUACACAUGAAUUACAGGGAGAAUAACAGCAGAAUAACAAUUCAUUAGCUAUUCUGUUUCUCCUUCUCAGUUACGGAUUUCCCGGAAUCAAACAAAAAAUGCGUUAUUUUAAAGUUUCAUUUCUUCCUUUUUAUCCAUUUUCAGCAGCACGCCUCAGUCUCUUAUUUCGAAAGGUUUUUUUUUACCAAUUCUACUUACUAAAUGUGAUUCUUCUAAAUCUGUUUUUUAGUAUGGCUACGGUUACAAAGGAAGUACUUUUCACAGAGUGGUCAAAAACUUCAUGAUUCAAGGUAUGCUGAAAUUUGGAUCUGAUUUGUAAGAAAAGCAGUCAUAUUAAAUUAUGUAGUUACUUUGAUGUUCAUUCGGGCUAAUGUGUUAAGCCCAAUGGCGGGUUUAAAUUCUAAAUAAAUACAUUUCAGUUAGCUCUAACCGAUCUUUGAGAAACUGCACUCAAGCGAUUUACAUGGAGUUUUCAUACCUUUUGGGAGCCUUAAAUAAUGUCACAUACUGAACGGAAAUAUAAAAAAGCAAAGUAAGUCCGUUAACACUGAUUUCGUCGAAAUAAUUAAUGGUGAAGAAGGCAGAUUAUUAAAUUAGUUCCAAAAUGGUUCCUGGGUGAUGAUGUUUGGGUAUGAUGUGUUAAAAAAUUGACACUCUAAUACAUCUUUUGUCUUCGCUUAUUUAGCCGUCAAAUGCGAAUAUAACCGUAUUUGCGAGUAUUCAGAAAUCAUUGAGGAUUUUUUUUCUUACUUUUAGGAGGAGAUUUUACCAAAGGAGAUGGUACAGGAGGUAGGACUAUUCUACUUUUUACUGCCAGCUAGUUUUAAUGUCUGUCUCAAAAAAUACAUUGUAACGUUUAUUACCAUGCAUGUUUUGUUCAUUCCAACGCCCUUGACCAUUUUCUGUUUCAUUAGGAUACCAAGUGGAAUUAGUAUUCUGAGAUUACUGUCGAUAUUUUUCUAGGUUACAGUAUUUAUGGAACAAACUUUAAUGAUGAGAAUUUCGAUGUGAAGCACUUUGGUCCAGGCUGGUUAUGCAUGGCAAAUGCUGGCAAAAAUACUAAUGGAUCACAGUUCUACAUCACAACAGUCAAAACACCUUGGUUAGAUGGAGAGCACGUGUGCUUUGGAAAAGUCUUGGAAGGAAUGGUAGGUGUUUGAAAAGAUUGCUGCUUGUUUUUAAGUCGAAACACUCUUAAAUGUACACACUGUAGACCAAGCGAAAGUGUCCAUCACGGGAAGUCAGAUAUUACUGCCCACUAGAGGGAAUACAAUGGCGCACUUCAUACCGCUUAAAGAGGCUUUGCUUCAUGGUGAGAUCGGCAUUUUUUGGUCAAAGCUGAGCUUAAAAUAUACUCUUGAGCCAUCUUUCCCUCAUACUUGAAACUCUAAAUCAAACGUAAAUGAUUAGAAAUGUAUUUACCGGAGGAACUAUACAACGAACGAACAAGCAAUUACUAACAGCCACGUGCUCAACUAAAAAUAUAGAAGUGUGACGUCACGUUACCAUGGGAGCAAAAUUUCUGGAUCUUAACAAUCUUUCUUGACAGAGACGGCCAUUUGCAUUGUCGAACUAUGGAAGAAAAGUAUGAGCUGCCAUUUUGUUCUUGUGAGAAACUGGGCACGGGAAAGUCCUACAGUGUCAAGUGUUUCGUUUUUUCUGCUAUAUUUGGAGGAUUUGAAAUUUUACCACCUUCGCAACGAGACGCAACGACUACCCCUCUCUAUUCCCAUAAUAAGCAAUUUUCUUACAUAUGUCACGUGACAUUACGCGAUACACUGCAGUAUCAAAUGGUUUCAUCCGAGGGAAAAGAAGCAUGAUAAGUUUUGGCCAUUUUUCGACAACAAAGCAGCUUAACUUGAAAACGUUCUCCCAUUUUUUUUUCAAGUUUCAAUCCGUUUCCAUCCUAACUAUCAAAAGCCAAAAACAUACACUUACAGAGGAUAAAAAUGAACCAUUAAUAAAGAGUUUUUCAAAAGUUAGCGUAUAUAAUGGAUCUCUCAUUUACUUUCUGUUUGUACUGAAGAGAUGUCACCGCCAUUAGGCUCGAUUUUCUGGAACAGCAGCUGGUAAUGGAGCCUGGCUAUCCCGGCAACGGAGUCAAUGAUAGUUCAGCCGCCAGCCGGGUGGUCCAGGGUUUGAUUCCUGCUUAGGGGUUUAGAUCUUUAUCCAAGCAUUACCUCAUAAACUUGAUAUCUACACUGUAUAUUACUUUUUUGGCACUGGGCUGGCAUGGGUGGUUCACCGAAGUAAUUUAAAGAGGCUUUGUGAGUCUAGUUGCUGUAUUUUAAUGCCCUCGAAAAUUAACUUUUUUCGUACAUGUAGGAUGUAGUAAAAAAGAUUGAGAAUGUUAAGACGGAUGCAGUUAGCCACCCAGUUCAGAGAGUAGAGAUUACUCAAAGUGGAGCCAUGGAUGUACCACAGCCAUUUGAAGUUACCAAGGAUGGAGUUACUGCAUAAAAAUAUUGUUUUUUAUUGAAACUUCGCUUUUUAUAUAAUUGUUUUACUAUUAAAAUACUGUAAGCUCGACAUGUGUUACUUAAUUGAAUUGUGUGUGUGUGUUUCAUAUCUGUAUGUCAACUCAGCACAAUGCAAAAGCGGGUGAUGGCUAGAUAAAUA